UCUCACUCUCCCUCUGUCAUAGCUACCAUGUAUAUAAGGGUUAACAGCUACAUGUCUCUUGUGGAGACAAUCAUAUGUGAGAUCGUAGAAACAUUACUUCAUGCUCAGGUCCUUGCAUAGUCUGCAGCUCUCAAUUUUAAAUAGUAUUCAAUAUUCAUGCCAGGUUUAAGGUUUAUUAGCACAGUGUAGUGCAGAUAUUAGCAUCGGAGUAAAGAUUGUUCUUAUUUUUCAGGAUUUUUGGAUACUGUGCAUUGUAUUCAAGAUCUAUGCCAGGUUUAAGGUUUUUUAUUACAGUGUAGUGCAGUUAUUUGCACCAGAGCAAGGAUUUUUUCUCCUUGUUUUUUUUUUAGGAUUUUUUUUAUAUAUACAUUUGGAUACCAUCUGUAAUGAUGCCUGCCUGGUCAGCUCAGUCCAUCAUGCUUUUUGCCUCUUUUUAUAUUCUUCUUGUCCUGUUUCCCUCACUCCAUUGGUGUAUGUAUGUUCCUGCACAGAGUGUACUUGUACCUUUCAGCACUCAGGUCAGGGAACGACUGCUCUACACAGAGAACAGAAGACAAGGGCUGUUUCUUGAAAUGAAUGCUGAUGGCUCAGUCAAGGGUUCCACAGAACAAAACUCCAAUUGUGUGCUGGAGCUGCGCUCAGUGAAAGCAGGCGAGACAGUAAUCAGAGGUGUGGUUACAUCGCUCUUCCUCUGUGUUAACAAUGCAGGCAACCUGAGAGGACAGCAGUAUUACAUUGAAGAGGACUGCACCUUUCAAGAACUGCUCCUGGCAGAUGGAUAUUCUCUUUUCCUUUCUCCACACAAUGGAUUACCUGUGUCACUCCUCUCAAAGCAGUCAGGGAAGAGACAUAGCACCCCAUUUUCUCGGUUCCUCCCCAUUCUGAACACUCAGUUUACAGUGUCGGCGAGAGAAGAGGACAGCCAGAUGCACGAGGUGAAACAGCAUAUUCAGGACAUAAACUUGGACUCUGACGACCCACUUGGAAUGGGACAUCAGUCACACAUACAAACUGUUUUCAGCCCUAGUCUACAUACUAAGAAAUGAG